AUGCCCAGACCGCUGCCUCUUCAUCCCGGCCUGGGACCACUGGGGCGCAGCUGGCGGCCUCACACGGCUCCCAGCAGCGCCACACACACCUCCAGGAGACGAUUAGAGCAGCCAUGGAGCCGAACACACACAGGUCAGCAGCUUACCUUGCAGCAGGUGGAGCCUCUGAUCCGCAGCAGAGUGGGGAACAUGAAGUCAGCCUUCAUGGCGGUGGAUCCUGCCGGGACGGGUCUGGUGAGCAAGGAGGAGUUCAGACGAGUCCUGGAGAGUCUGCUGCCUGUUUUCAAGAAGCAGCUCCACGCUGAGCUCAACCAGGUGUGUGCGGGCGGCGCCGAGACCGUCGACUACCUGCAGUUUCUGAGAAGUUUCGGUCGAGCUCCGGCGGCCUGCAGAGCCUCGAGCAGCCGCAGCAGUCACUUUGCGGAGCAGGCCCGGGUUUUCACAGAUCAAGGCCGUCGUGUCAAUAAGCGUGUUCACAGAGAUGAAAGCUGCAGCGAGGCCGAGCCUCACGAGGCGGUCGGGGUUCAGGAGUUCACCAGCGGCGCUGAGAUCGGAGGCAACCUGGAGAACAUGAUCAGAGUGUUUCGCCUGUUUGACUUCAACCGAGGAGGACGCAUCCAGCAGCACGAGUUCCGCCGCAUCCUGGACAACUACUGCGUCCGCCUGACGGACAAAGAGUUUCAGAGGUUGUGGAGUCACUACAGUCCCAGCAACAGCUCCACCGUUUCUUAUGAAGUGUUCCUGGAGACGCUGGGCUUCGGUGACAGCCAUAAGAUUUCUCCCAUCUGCACUAAGCUAGAGGUGUGCAGCCGUGGGAAAUCUCCCCCCGAUCACGUUAAACACAAGAAGCAGACGCCAGGAGAUCCGUCGGUCCUGCCGCACAGGAAGCUGCAGACUCUGUUCCACGACAAGAUGUGUGUGAACUCCACCUCAGUGUGGCAGGCGCUGCAGGCCUUCGACACCACCCGCUCCGGCCUGGUUACACAGGAAGUCCUCAGGGCCGUUCUCAGCAGCUUCAUAUUUCCCAUGAACCUUCACUCCUUCAAGAAGCUGACCAGCCGGGUCUCACAGCAGGCUGCCCACGAUGAAGACGAGUUGCCUUUCCAGGAUUUUUACCCCAAACUCAAAGAGGUCUUCCUUCUCAUGAACCAGCUCAAAUCUAAAUCAAAUUCAUUAUUUUCUGUGCAGAAGGAGGCCGCUCGGGUCACUCGAGCAGACCUGAGGCAUUUGCUGGAGAGACCAGUCGAGAGCCAGGCUCAGAUCUUCAAAACUCGCCUCAGACGUUCACAGAUCACAGAGCUGCUCAACGUGCUCGACCCUGAACACACCGGGAUCAUCCAGCUCGCCGACCUGGAGAGACUCGAGCCGACCGACGCCGCACCUGCUCCAACAGACAACACAGCUACACCGCCCGCCAAUCCCAACACUGCAGAGACCAAGGAAGUCCCAAAGGAGACUAAAGAAACUGAUGUGGAGCAGAAAUCCUCGGCUGAGAAACCAGAGACCACACGGAGCGAUGAUGAAGUGUGUGUGGCGUCUGCUUCACAGAGAACAGAUCUGCUGCAGGAGAAGCUGUGCGUGCAGCUCGGUGCAGUGCUCGAGGCUCUGAGGCUGUUUGACCCUCAGCGCUCUGGAAACGUCACACAGGAAGAUCUGAAGACGGCGUUAAGCUGCUCUGGCAUGAACAUCUCAGACACACAGCUCAACAAGGGUCGUGAGACACUGAGAGCUUUCAACAAUCUGCUCCACAGGCCGUGUGCUUCACUGGAUGCAGUUUUUCAGAAGAUGAGAUUAGAGCAACGGGAGGGCAGACUGACCGACAGAAUCCAGACCGUCUGCCACAGCUCAGAUGGGACGCUAUCGAAGAGAGACAUGAGGAAGAUUUUAGAGGACAUCUCCGUCAUAUUGGAGGAUAAAGAUUUCAACAAGUUCACGGACCAGCUGGGCUUCAGAGGCGGACGGAUCGAGAGCUCGUCAUUCCUGCGGAAAUACGAGGGGGCCACAGUCAGACGCGGGCGGCGGAGCGCCGAGGGUCAGGGCGUUGAGGAGGACGAGGUCGACCUCCUGCUCACUACGGCCCAGCGGUGCCUGGCUGCCAUGAAGACCAGGAUCAAGACCAUGCACGGGGAUAACCUGGCAGCGUUCCGUCUGAUGGACAGGAGGCGUAGAGGCGUGGUCGACUGCCACGACUUUAAAAAGCUGUACGACAGUCUGGGGUUUUUCUGCAGGGAGGACGAGUACGAGCGGCUGCUGGAUCUGAUCGGCCUGCAUCCCGGAGGAAACCUCAACUACAAAGAGUUUGUGGAUGUUGUGGAAAAUAACGGCAAGCGGAAACAGGAGACACGAUCAGCGAGAGUACAGCAGCAGCUCCAUGAACUCCUGUCUUCUGAAGCUCGACACAGGUGGACAGACAUGUCCAAGGUUCUGUGUCAGUCGGACUCAGACGGUCAGUGCUGGAUCCAUAAAGACAGCCUGAGGAGACUCCUCUUCACUUAUUCUCUUCCCCUCACAUCUGAGGAGUUUGACCGUCUUUGGUUGAGGUAUGACCCAGAGCAGCGGGGCCGUGUCGCCGUUUGUGACUUCCUGGAAAAGCUCGGCUUUCAUCAUAAACGGGAACUCAGGACUGGUCAGAAUCUGAACAAAGCUAAAGCCCAAAGCGACCACAAGACACCAGUGACCUCUGAUGACUCCUCUUUGAAACAUAUAGAGCUCAACGUUUCCACGGAUGGCGACUGUGAGAGGCUUUCUUACACCGACUUCCUGUCUGCGUUUGAAAACAAAUCAGAGAAGAAGUGUGAGCGUACUCCUUCCUCACCUGAUGCUCUGCGUCAGAUUGAGUGUUUGGACGACCUCAGUCCGGGCGCCGCUCUGGUUCGGAUGCGAGAUCUCGUCACAGCCUCAGCUCUUAAUCUGUUUAAGGCGUUCUCGGCCUUCGAUCGGGGCCGGACGGGGACGCUCCCAGCUCUGGAGUUCCGUCAGGUUCUGGAGAGUUUCUGCGCUCGACUGUCUGACAAACAGUUCAGACACAUCCUGACCACGCUGGAGCUGGACCGCGAGAGCUGCACGGUUAACUGGAAGGACUUCCUCAACAAGUUUCAAUCCAAGAGCCCACCAAUUUCAACAGAGAGUUGCUCCAGUAGGACAAGAACCAAGCCCCCUUUUCACGCUAAGACCCCCGACAUCACAGACCGCCUGACGCAGACCCAGGAGGUCGUCUCAGAUCAGCUGCGUGAAAUCAACCUGGACCUGGACUCUUCCCAGAGCGGCCCCGUCUCCAAAGAGCAGCUCAGACAGAUUUGUGAUCGACGCAGCCGGAGACUCACAGACGAUCAGGUGAAGCCAGAAAAUUUGUGUUUACCUGAAACAACACAAACUGGCAUCGGUUCAUGCUUGCAAAUGAGGAGAGGAAAUCCUGUGUGGAGUGAAAUGCCUCUGAAUGGGGAGAAGAAGCUGCAGCACAGGGAGUUUCAGAAGCGUUUUGGUACUCACAGCAUGACGCUCCACCCAGAAGGAAGAGGUUCAAACGUCCCCCGUGUCCCAUCGGCCUCCCCUGAGCCCAGAGGGUCGCUCUCUGCAGGGGCCGUUCUGCAGCGCACUCAGGUACAGAAGCACAAAAAGACAGAUCGCAGUCUUUGGAUGCACAGCUGUGUGGUAACAUCGGUGCAGUUUUUUCCCCAGUCUGCCCCCCAGUUCUCCUCCAGGCGUCCUGCCUCAGCGUGGAGGCCGGGGACAGGGAGCCCAGCGGGCGGCGUGGAGCGGCGGCUCCGUGCGGCGGUGCAGCGCUGCUGGAAGGAGAUCCAGAGGAGCUGCAGAGAGGAGGAUCCUCAGAACGAGGGACUCAUCAGCACCUCCUGCUUCCUGAAGAUCCUCCAGUCGCUCAGCAUCACUGUCACUCAGACGCAGUUUGAGCUCCUGGCUGUGAAGCUCGACGUCAUGACUAAAGGCUGCGUUUCAUAUCACGACUUCCUGCGUCACUUCCUCCUCAACCUGAAGCCAGCGGAGACUAUGACGGCUUUUCAGCGGCGUAAACUCCCUCUACCUACACAGACGAGCCGGGGUGUUCUGAGCAGAGCCUGCGUCGACGUCAUGCUGAGGAUCUACGACGUGGUCCGCUCCUCUUGGACCUCCAUCAGGCGCUGCUUCCUGGCGUCCGACCGCGCCCGCACAGGAAGCGUCUCCGUGCAGGACUUCAGGAAGGUGCUGCGCCACUUCAGCGUGAAUCUGUCGGAGGACGAGUUCUUCCACCUGAGCUCUUUUUUUGACGCCGACACCACAGGAAAGAUCCGCUACGGCAACUUCCUCUGGACGUUUCUGCACUGACACCGGAUCAGAUACCCGCAGCAAGAGUUCAGGAUAAACUGAAUGAGAAGAAAGAGGCAUUUGAGGCACGUCCA